UUAUGACACACAGUUAUUAUAUUUAUUGUUGUUGAAUAGAAACAUUAAUAGUGGAUAUUCCAGUUUAUAAUUGUAAAAUAUAUUCAUUGCCAAUUAAGUAUCCAAAGUAUGUAUUUUGUGGGGAAGAUUUGUUAAAAGUGAAUGUGUGUUUUUCAAAUAGAAAACAAGAAUUACGGCAUUUAGUGUGUGUACGCGAGAAAAACGGGCCGUAAACAAAGCCGAUAUUGUAUUAAGUGAUUAUUGUGGAUUCACAUCGCGAAACGCAAAUGAAUCGUUGCGCAAUUCGAAUAUGUAACCAUCCCAAACUUGUUUUUGUUUCAUCUCGCGGGUCUCCGUGACAUCCGAGUCGCAUAGAAAGUUCCGUAAUUGCUUGCAACUUCUCUUUUACAAUUCCUCCUCCUCCUCUUUCUUUCCCUGCUUCUGCUGCUGCUUUUUUGUUUCUCAAGUGGGACAGAGUUUUACAAGAGAUCGCCAAUUUCACUGCAUCGUGCUCAUCGAGGAGGCUCGCUAAUCAAACAUUGCACUUUGUGUAGAAAUCGCAUUAUACACGGACGUGAGCAGGAAGAUCGAUUCGGAACGCCCGUAAGGCUCGCAACAUGAAGGAAGACCAACAGUGCGCAGAGUAUGUGAAGGCUAUGCAGGUAUGGCUGAGGAAGCAACCGCAUUUACCGCAGAACAUUGGUAAGAUUAAUUUUUUGAUCGUUUCGCAUUCAAUCGCAUCGUUCGCAUUUGCAGAUGAGAGCGUUCUCGCCAGAUUCAUCCAGUGCUCGGAGAUGAGUCUGGAGAAGUGCAAGAGUCUGCUCGAUCUGAACUACACGCUGCGAUCGCAAGCUCCAGAGAUCUUCGAUAAGCGCGACCCCGAAGACAGAGCGAUACAAAAUAUGUUUGACAUCAUCGAUUUCUGCCCGCUACCCAAGCUAACCGAUAAGAAGUACAAGCUCUUCAUAUACCGGUUGACCGACAGCGACGUGGAGAAGUUCCUGUUCGCCGAUUCCCUGAAAGCUUUCUUCAUGGUCGCCGACAUGAGGAUGUACUCGGACCGCGAAUACUCCGAAGGGGAGAUUCCCAUCUUCGAUAUGGGUCAUCUCACGCUGCGUCACAUGACCAAGAUCACUCUUCCGCUGCUGAAGAAGUACAUGGUCUUCACGCAGGAAGCGCACCCGGUCAGAUUGCGGCAGAUCCACGUCCUCAACAUCGUUCCGUUCUUCGAUAAAUGUUUGGCCCUGGUUAAACCGUUCAUGAAGGCCGAAGUAUCCCAAUUGUUGCAUUUCCAUUUGCCGAAUUCGACAACGCUCUUCGAUCACAUUCCGAGGGAUCUGAUUCCGGAGGAGUUCGGUGGCAGUCUGCCGGUGACAAUGAAGUCGCUGAAGGAGGAAUGGCGCCAGAGAGUCUGCGAAAACAGAGAUUUCUACAUGGAUCCGAGCAAGUGGAAAGUGGACGAGAGACUGCGGCCGCAGAGCAACAAGAACGGCGACGGCAACCUCUUCGGUAUGCAAGGCUCCUUCAGAGUGCUGACCAUAGAUUGACGAUUGGAUUGGGUCGAAUCGA